ACAUGGUCGAGGGAGGUUAUGUAAACACGAACUCUUCCACUAGAAAGACUGGAAUUCCUCCUACAUCUGCAUGAGUAAUAGUUGUGCAAGCCGUCGAGUUGGUGACAGCGCUAUAGGGGAACCGUGGCGUGGGAGAAGAGAAAUUGUGGACCAGAAGACUUGAAUCAAACGACUUAAUUAAAGCGUUUUUCAAGUUAUAAACAAGUGUUCAACAUGCAGCAAUUUUCAAGUUUCGCCUUCACAUGUUUCGCCAACUUGGCUCUAGUAUACACGGCAGCUUCCCUGGCGACCAAAACAUCUCUCAGCCCGGACCUGAUCAAAGAAAUUGCUGACCGUCUACACUACACAAUCUCGAACCAACCACCAACACCAGGCGCCGACCGUCUGACGGUCGUUAACCUGGACCUCCUGCCUGACGAUGUCAUCGCUGACGACGUCGAGGCUGGAGUUCAGGAUGAGUUCGAUAACGUGGAUAAGGAGCUGGGGGAUGCUCCAGAAAACCUGACUUUACCUGAGCACCACAUAAAUAGAGAAAUGUCGCUGAUGUACCAAGGCGUGUACGUGCCGGACGCUCGCUUCAAUCCUUUCGUGGACGGAAUCUUGGUCAACAUGGUUGCUGAAAUGCGGCGACGGCAAAUGGACCCGCUGUACUUCCGGGUCCUUAAAGGCGGUGGUGUCGAGUAUGUUCCCACUCGGCGCAAAGAGGACAAGCCUACAGAAGCUGAUGCUGGGCCAGGGCAAGCACCAGAGAAACUUCAAUCAGAACGACUGAAAGAUGAAAAACCAAAACGAGAGCCGAUCGGAGGCGGUGUCAUCCGUGGCCUGACUCGCAUUAAGCGCUUCGGCAACGCAGAGGUUCAAACUUCGGGGAACGCAACCUUGGUAAGAAGUCACUGUAUUUUCGGACCACUGACCGUGGAGUUCGUGUUCGACACGACGACUGGCGUGCAGAUCAUCAACACGACGCUGACUGCCUUGGCCGGUCACGGUCUCGCUCGAGUCAACUCCACAGACGCCCAAUUUCUGGAUUUCAUAAUUGACAGUCCCGCAACGUACGAAAUCAAGUUGCGGGGAUCGGAGCAAAACCAGAGACUACGUCGUCUCAGCCGCACAGCCAUCUUGAGGCUGGUGCGGCGAGAGGGUAGACUUGAGCGAAGACUCAUGAGGAUGUUCGAGAGAGGAGGCAGGAAGCCCUUACCCAAGGAGGCAGACGCCGAAAUUAACGGGAAUCUAUGGCCAAAUGUGGUGCGAAAUAUGAAUAAAACUUCUAGUCCCGAGGAUGAGGUUCCGCCCAAAAAAGAAAUGAAGCUUAUAUCUAAAAAGGACAAGUUUCUGCUGUCACCGAAAAAAGUCGUCAAGCAGAAAAUUUUCGAUAAUAUACCUGACUAAAGAGCUGAUAUCGUCGUGUUGUUUUGUCUUUGAGUUAUUUGUUGUUAUUACGUACGAAUGAACUUCCCUAUUUCAUUUAAAGAUAAAUAUUAUAAGUGCAACGAAUAAGCGACAAUUUUGUUCACGCUUAAAGUGACUAAAAGUUUGUUUGAAGUAGAAAACUUUUAUUCGUCAUCAGUUAAAUACCAGCAUCUAGAACCCGCUGUAAUAUUUCCAUAUAAACCUGAAGUAAUUAAAUAGGAUUCUAGCAAGAAAUUAUAUUUAUUCCUUCCAAAUUUUAGAGUUAUGAAUUUGAAGUAGAAUGUUACG